AUGACUGAGCCGGAUCAGUGCAUCAUAUGCCUGGAGUCGCUGCAGCCCCCCUCGCUGCACCAGCCAGACAGUGCAAACGGGUCGGGUCCUACAGCACUCCCAGCAGCACCAGCAGCGGCACCACCAUCAACAACAGCAACAAAACAAGCCGUCUACCAGCGCAUCGACUCCGACAUUGAAAUCCUCGAAGACGAAAACAAUCUGAUUGCUACUCUCGUCGGCUGCAACCAUGUAGUCCACGAUCGCUGCAUCAGGAGCUGGGCCAAGAACUCCAACACCUGUCCCAUCUGCCGCACGCCUUUCAAUGAGGUCAGUCUAUCAUCUGAGCUCAACGGUCCUUCCGUCGACUCGUACGCCGUCCAGGACAAAAAGCAAGAGCAGGAGUUCGAUAUUCACAGAUGGCUCGAAGAAAACCCCGAGGGGCGAGAAGAGUCGGAACCCGCUGUGGUUUGCCCUGUCUGUGAGUCCUCGGACCACGAAGAUGUCCUCCUCCUCUGCGAUGGCUGCAACGCGGCCUACCACACCCACUGCAUCGGCCUCCCUGAGGUCCCCGAGUCGGAGUACUGGUUUUGCUUCGAGUGCAACGACAACUCGGCCGGCCGUCCGCGUCCUGCUGAGAUUUCCCAAGGCUCCGUCCAGGAGGCGCAGGCCAUCUCCCACGCCAUCGCGCAGGCUGCUCGCUCCUCAAACAGACGGGGCAACAACAACCGACGCGGCUUCCUGCGUACACAACUCCAGGCCAGAAACGCAAGGCGCGAGGCGAGGUCUCUCGAAUGGGUGGGCGCUUGGGACCAUAUUGCCAGCCGCAUCUACGACGCCACCGAGAUCGACCUCGAUAACCACGAAGAGGACGAUGCUUUCCAGAGCUUCCGCCGGGCCCAGGCGCAGAGGGCGCAGAUUAGAGAAAUGCAGGAACACCGCGACUGGCAGCAACGCAUGUCCAUCGCCAGCAGAAUGGGCGCCAGAGAGGCGUUUGCGCAGAAUAUCAGGCCCGCUGUCGGCCAUCGCCUAGGUGCCGUCCCCGUCGCCCCUGCAGAACCGACCCCUCCUCCUGCUCCGGAGACUCGAGACGAGCAGCGAGCCUGGGGCGCACUCGAGCGCGCCCGCGAGACCGAGACGCCCCCCAACACCCGGAAGCGAAAGUCGAGAUCUGUCACGGCUUCCCCGCAGGAGCCCGCACAAGAACCCGAGCGCAAGCUGAAGCGUCCUCGCACUCGCCGGUUGCCUUUGCAGGGAGAGCCAUCUACGUCUGCCUCAGCCGCCUCCGGCUCUGCAUCCGCUUCUGCCCCAACAUCGGCCUCCGCGUCUGCUCCCGUGUCUACGUCCACGUCCGCAACUCCAUCUUCGCCCGCGCCGAUCGUUGUGCCGGCUUCGAGGCCUCAGACAAAUGGCACCGCAAGCGCUGCAGCUCUUCACCCUCAAUCCCCCACCGGCACAGAGACAGGUCCAUCUUUCCUCUCUUCGCUACUCAAGGAGGUCGAGAUGAGCACGCCGUCGGAAGAUGAAGCGGCGCGGAAUUAUUUCGGUACUCGUUCUGGCGUCGACCCCUCGUCACCAGUCACGUCCCCCUCACCAUCCUCCCGAAACUCUCCCCGGGCGCUGUCUCUCACACCGCCACCCCACCCCCGGCCUAGUUCCCCAACACUGUCUCUGAGCUCCUACAUCGAGCCAAGAUUCCCCAAGGCCAACUACUCGCCGACUCGAGCUUCGGGCGAUAGCAGCGACUCCGACAGUCGUUCGAACGGCGCUGAAAUCCGCCAGCCCCGGCCCCAGCGGCCCAUGCGCCACCGACCCAACCUCUCCCGGUCGCAAGACUCAUCGCCGACCAGGCAUGGCAUCACUUUCGAAACCAAGGAGAGAAUCAGCAGCAUCGUCCGGGCCGCGCUGAACCCGCAUUAUCGCGCGAAAGAGCUCACAUCUGAGCAGUACGCAAACAUCAACCGAGACGUUUCUCGAAAGCUAUACGAGGGGUUGCGCGACCCUCAGGCCCUCGACGAGGAUGCCAGAAAGACAUGGGAGAAGAUCGCCGCCAAGGAAGUGGCCCGUGCAGUCGAGGAACUGAAGGCUUGA